AACGACUGCGCUACCCAGGCGCCCUGGAAAUUUUUUUUUUAGUUUGUAUUUUUUCAGUUAAUAUUUAUUGAGUUCCUGCAUUAUGGGUGGUAAGGAUCAUCCUGGAAAUUAUAUAUAUCCCUCCCCAUUUCCUUACAUGCACAUGUGUGCACACAUUAUAUAUGUGGUUACACGGUUAUAAUAGUAUUAUGUAAAUUCGGUUUUUUUGCAAUAUAUCCUGGAGAGUACACCGUAAUAAUUUAUGAAAUGUAUCCUCUUUUCUCUCUCGUUCGCUUCUCUUUCCUUCCCUCCCCCCCCCUUCCUUCAUUCUGGGUAGUUUCAGAGCGGCUAUGUAUGGACAUUGGGGUUAUUUCAAGUCUUUUCUGCUGUAUCAAAUAGCCUUGUGCCAACGUCCUUUGAUACUUUUGCUGGUCUGUCUUAAGGAUGGAUUUCUAGGAAUAGUAUUGUGUGCGACUUACAGCAGAUCCCCCUUAUUGGGUCCUAUGGGAAAUCCCAUCUCCCCCCCAGACUUGUGAUAACUUUUGGUCUCUGUCAGUCUGAGGGAUGAGCAGGGCUGUUUGGGACAUUCCCCAAUAUUCUGUGACAGAGUUUACCGGCCGAGCACACAGCCCUCCCAUCGUGCCUUCGUUGGCACAAUUCCUGGCUUUGUCCUUGCUGGCCGUGACCCUACCUAAACCCCCAAACCAGCUCUGGACACAGAGGCUGCCCUCUGCAAUUGGGAGUGUCUCUUCUGGGCUGUUCCGGCCAAUAAUCAUUUUGCAGUCAUCACGCCAGCUUCCUUCACAGUACCUGGGUUGUCUCUCAAGAUCUUGUAACAGUCCUGGAAGGCGGCAUCUAGCAACCCCACCGCACGGGUGGGGGAGCCCGGGGAUGGAGGGCUGGAGAAAAGUUAGCGUCUUACCCAAACUCACGCAGCUAACCAGGCGAGGGAGGUGGUGGGACUUGUGCGGACACACUACGUACGUGUGUACACGAGUGCCCAUGUGUGUGCUGUGUGUGUCCAUAUGCCUCUGUAUGUUUCUCGAUAACAGGUCAUGACAAUCCACACAGCCGGCUCUUCGCACACAUCAAGAGGACUUCCCCAAAGCAGGAUCACUAGCUCUCUUCGGAUUCCUAGUUUUAAGUCUCGGAAUUGGUCCCCCGCCCCCAGACCCCUGCGUUCUGGAAACUGGAUUCGGCUGGGCCCCCAGGGAGGGCAGUAGGUAAUGGGAGAAGGGCUGCCUCCGAAGGCUGCUCACGCCGGGCAGGAGGCCCCACCCUCCUGCAGAGAGAGGAGACCCAGCCCAGCCACUGUUGAGGACGCACAUCACAAUGGCUGUUCCACCUGAGCCAGGCCUGGGAAGAGGCGCCAGGGAGGCCCACACUCUGGCCCAAGGGCAGCCAGGCAGCAUCAUGGGGACUCCUCGAGACAAGCGCUCUGCUGCUCAGAGUCUAGAACCUGACGCUGCCCGGAUACCGUUGCUGGAACAAAGGAUGCCCAGGCCACCAAGAUGGAACCCUCCCCAAGAGCCGCCGCCGCCUCCUCCUGCUCCUCCUCCCGGUCCUGCACCUCCAGGAACUCAGGUUCUCCCCCCGAUGUACAUCCGAGGCCCCCAGGGGGUUCGGUCGGUGUUCACCAGGAUGGGGUAUGCCACCCCCAUACGGUCCAUAUGUCAGUACUGUGGGAACUACGUCAUCACGGUGACCACCCCGGUCCCAGGGGUCCUCACCUGGCUGCUGUGUACAGGCCUCUUUGUGUUCGGGUGCUUCCUGGGCUGCUGCUUCCUCCCCUUCUGUGUGGACAGUUUGAUGGACGUGAAGCACACGUGCCCCGUGUGCCAGCAAGAGCUCUUCCGCUACCAUCGCCUGUGAAGGUCCACGAAAUAAAGGUCCAUUAAGUG